UCGCGGCUACAUUACUUAGUCAGUGCAAGUGGAGUGGCCCGGGGUUGUCGGGAAAUAUAUAACCAAAGUGAAAACACAAGAUUUAAAGUUUAUACUGUGAAUUUAAUUAUUUAAUUGUUUUUUACUUGUUUGAAACUUAAUUCGAAGUCAAGAUCGUCAAAAUGGGAAAGAAAAAGAAGGAAUUCAAAGAGAGCAAGGAGGAACGUAUGAUGAUGACAAUUACAGAGAUCAUUCAAGAAUUGUUGGUUGCACACGAUGAGGGAAGAACUGUUGACUUGAAUAAACUGAAAACACAAAUUUCAUCCAAGUACGGCCUAUCGUCUUCUCCAAAACUUACAGAUAUAAUUGCUGCCGUUCCAUUCGAUGUUAAACAUAUUCUUUUACCUAAGCUCAAAGCUAAACCUGUUAGGACUGCUAGUGGUAUUGCUGUUGUUGCUGUUAUGUGUAAACCACACAGAUGUCCGCACAUCAACAUGACAGGAAAUAUUUGUGUGUAUUGUCCAGGUGGACCAGAUUCAGAUUUUGAAUAUUCAACACAAUCUUACACAGGAUAUGAACCAACGUCUAUGAGAGCUAUAAGAGCUCGAUAUGAUCCAUUUUUACAAACAAGGCACAGAGUUGAACAAUUGAAACAAUUGGGCCACAGCGUUGAUAAAGUAGAAUUUAUUGUUAUGGGAGGAACAUUUAUGUCUUUACCAGAUGAUUAUAGAGACUAUUUUAUUAGAAAUUUACAUGAUGCACUAUCAGGUCAUAAAAGUAACAAUGUAGCUGAAGCAGUUUUACAUUCAGAGUACAGUAGAACCAAAUGUAUUGGAAUAACUAUUGAAACUCGACCAGAUUAUUGUCUUAGAAAGCAUCUUUCUGAUAUGUUACUUUAUGGAUGCACUCGUCUUGAGAUUGGAGUUCAGUCUGUUUAUGAAGAUGUUGCUCGAGACACUAACAGAGGUCAUACAGUUCGAGCAGUCUGUGAGAGUUUCCAAAUGUCCAAAGAUGCUGGAUUCAAAGUUAUAGCACACAUGAUGCCUGAUUUACCAAAUGUUGGCAUCGAAAGAGAUAUUGAACAAUUCAAAGAAUUUUUCGAAAAUCCAGCUUUCAGAGCUGAUGGUCUAAAGAUUUAUCCUACUUUAGUUAUCAGAGGUACAGGUUUAUACGAGCUGUGGAAGACUGGAAGAUACAAGAGUUAUCCCCCAAGCAUGUUGAUUGAUCUCAUUGCUAGAGUUUUAGCUUUAAUUCCACCAUGGACUCGCGUGUACAGGGUACAAAGAGAUAUUCCUAUGCCAUUAGUAAGUUCUGGCGUCGAGCACGGAAAUCUUCGUGAAUUGGCAUUGGAGAGAAUGAAAGAAUUAGGAGUCACUUGCCGCGACGUAAGAACCAGAGAAGUAGGAAUUCAAGAAAUUCACAACAAAGUUCAACCGUACGAGGUAGAACUGAUACGUCGUGACUACGUCGCCAACAACGGAUGGGAAACAUUUUUGUCUUACGAAGAUCCUCUACAAGAUAUUCUUGUGGGUUUGCUCAGACUCAGAAAGUGUUCUCCGGAAACGUUUAGGCCCGAGCUGCAAGGAAAAUGUUCAAUUGUACGAGAGCUGCACGUGUACGGUAGCGUGGUGCCGGUAAACGCUCGCGAUCCGACGAAAUUCCAGCAUCAAGGUUUUGGUAUGCUUUUGAUGGAAGAGGCCGCGAGAAUUGCCAAAGAAGAGCACGGAUCCACGAAAAUUGCUGUUAUUUCGGGUGUCGGCACGAGAGAAUAUUAUAGAAAGAUGGGAUAUGAAUUAGAUGGUCCAUAUAUGUCAAAACUUCUUUAAUAAAUUAAUUUUUUUUUU